CCCCGGCCCGGAGCCGGUGGGUGCCCAGCCCGGCGGCGCUCGGAGCCAGCCCGCCGCGGGCACCCGCCGGCAGCGAUGCCGCUCGCCCAGCUGGCCCAGCCCUGGCCCGACAUGGAGCUGGUGCAUCUGGACACGGAGAACGGGCAGGCAGCUCCAGAAGAAGGUGGGAAUCCUCCAUCCAAGGCAAAAUCUGACAUCACUUGGAUAGAGAAAGACCUCGUGGACUCGGCAGACAAGGGGGAAGGUGUGCAGGAAAUCAACAUCACACACCAUGUGAAGGAGGGCUCUGAGAAGGCUGAUCCCUCACAGUUUGAGCUCCUGAAGGUGCUGGGACAGGGCUCUUUUGGCAAGGUUUUCUUGGUGAGGAAAAUAACACCCCCAGACAGCAACCACCUCUAUGCCAUGAAAGUGCUCAAGAAGGCGACACUGAAAGUGCGGGACCGACUGAGGACAAAGAUAGAGAGGGACAUCCUGGCUGAUGUCAACCAUCCCUUUGUGGUGAAACUCCACUACGCAUUCCAGACAGAGGGGAAGCUGUACCUCAUCUUGGAUUUCCUCAGAGGAGGUGACCUUUUCACUCGGCUUUCCAAAGAGGUCAUGUUCACUGAGGAGGACGUGAAGUUCUACCUGGCAGAGCUGGCACUGGGGCUUGACCACUUGCACAGCCUGGGGAUCAUCUACAGGGACCUCAAGCCAGAGAAUAUCCUAUUGGAUGAAGAGGGGCACAUCAAACUCACAGAUUUUGGCUUGAGUAAAGAGGCCAUAGACCACGAGAAGAAAGCCUACUCCUUCUGUGGUACCGUGGAGUACAUGGCUCCGGAGGUGGUGAAUCGCCAGGGCCACUCGCACAGCGCUGACUGGUGGUCCUACGGGGUCCUCAUGUUUGAAAUGCUCACGGGGGCACUGCCCUUCCAGGGGAAGGACCGUAAGGAGACGAUGACCCUCAUCCUCAAAGCGAAACUGGGCAUGCCACAGUUCCUGAGCACUGAGGCUCAGAGCCUCCUGCGAGCCCUUUUCAAAAGGAAUCCAGCCAACAGAUUAGGGUCUGGGCCGGACGGGGCAGAGGAGAUCAAGCGCCACCCUUUCUACUCCACCAUCGACUGGAAUAAGCUAUACCGCAGGGAAAUCAAACCCCCUUUCAAGCCUGCAGUGGGCCAGCCAGAUGACACCUUUUAUUUUGACACAGAAUUCACGUCACGGACACCAAAAGAUUCCCCAGGUGUCCCCCCGAGUGCGGGGGCCCAUCAGCUCUUCCGAGGCUUCAGUUUUGUGGCAACCGGGUUAAUGGAGGAUGGCAAAGUGAAACCUGCCCAGCCACCCCUGCAUUCAGUUGUGCAGCAGCUGCACGGCAAGAACGUCCAGUUCAGCGAUGGGUACGUGGUGAAGGAGGCCAUCGGCGUCGGCUCCUACUCCGUCUGCAAACGCUGCAUCCACAAGGCCACCAACAUGGAGUACGCAGUCAAGGUGAUUGACAAGAGCAAGCGAGACCCUUCUGAGGAGAUUGAGAUCCUGCUGCGGUACGGGCAGCACCCAAACAUCAUCACCCUCAAAGACGUGUACGAUGAUGGGAAGUACGUGUACCUGGUGACCGAGCUCAUGAGGGGAGGGGAGCUGCUGGAUAAGAUCCUCAGACAGAAAUUUUUCUCGGAGAGAGAAGCCAGUUCAGUCCUGCACAUGAUUUGUAAAACAGUGGAGUAUCUGCAUUCCCAAGGGGUAGUUCACAGGGACCUGAAGCCCAGCAAUAUCCUCUAUGUGGAUAAAUCAGGGAACCCCGAGAGCAUCCGAAUUUGUGACUUUGGCUUUGCCAAGCAGCUCAGGGCUGAGAAUGGGCUCCUCAUGACCCCCUGCUACACAGCAAACUUCGUGGCACCCGAGGUCCUGAAACGCCAAGGCUACGACGAGGGCUGUGACAUCUGGAGCCUGGGGGUCCUGCUGUACACGAUGCUGGCAGGCUGCACUCCCUUUGCAAAUGGUCCCGGUGACACUCCAGAAGAGAUCCUGACACGGAUAGGAGGGGGGAAGUUCUCCAUCAGUGGGGGCAAUUGGGACACUAUUUCUGACAUGGCCAAGGAUCUGGUAUCAAAGAUGCUUCACGUAGAUCCUCACCAGCGUCUCACAGCCAAGCAGGUCCUUCAGCAUCCUUGGAUAACCCAGAAGGACAGUUUACCCCAGAGCCAGCUGAAUCACCAGGACAUUCAGCUUGUAAAGGGCGCCAUGGCUGCCACAUACUCGGCACUGAACAGCUCCAAGCCAAGCCCUCAGCUGAAGCCCAUCGAAUCCUCUAUCCUGGCACAGAGGCGGGUGAAGAAGCUCCCCUCCACCACCCUGUGAGGCCCCACGGUGCAGGAACAGCCUGGAUUUUGCACACCUAUGGAAGAGGGGCACAGGGGACAGGCAGGGUCUGCACAGGGCUCUCCUGGGGACCUGCUUUUAAAAGGCCAAGUGCCUUCCUGCUCCUGAAAGACUGGCUCCUCGUAUGGACUGAUCUUUGCUGAGAGAACUUCACUGUAAAACUUUUUUUUGAUGUGUAAAUUGUCGAUUUUUAAAGAAAUCCAUCUGUGUAUAUGAGAACUAGAAUGUAUAACUGAUGUCAAGUGGCACUAAAAAGCAGCUCUGAUUCACCCUUCCCUGUGUAGGGCCAGGUAUUUGUUGUUGCUACAGCAUUUCUUGGAACUGAUCCUCUCUGACUCCACAGCAGCUGGAAGACUGUCACACCUGGGGUUUAGGCUUUGGGGCUUUUCCUCCCUCAAACCUUUGGAUGCAUUUCCCAAAGCCAGCCCUGCAGCCUCCCAGCCAGCAGCACUCAUGCCCACGAAGGACCCCCCUUCCCUCCAAGUCCUGUGUGUUUAUUCCAUGUAAGGUGGAUUUUGCAGCCUCUGUUUCUCCCUCUCUGCCCAGCCAGCAGCUCAGAUCUCUGAACAAAAUAAACCACUUUUUCCCAAGCCCUCCCAUAGAUGCUCAGCAGGCCAGGACACUCCUAGGUUUGGCUCAUUCCUUCCCUGUGCCCUCCCAUGGGGAGUUUGUCACCUGUGCAGGGGGGGAUGGUGACAGAACCUCCUCCCUGGCAAAGCUGAGGCUUAGGGCUGGCUCUGGCUGAUGCUUUUACCUUUUGGGGUUUUCCUUCCCCUCAGUAGGAACCUCUGAACCAAACCACCCUUUAUUUUUUUAAUUUAUCUUUGUUCUCUGGCCAGUAACUCAGGGUUUCUUUCUGACUCGUACAAUAAACAUGUCAUUCAGGGUUACUGACUGUGAGCUGCAGAA